AUGCUUCCGAAGGAUGACGAUGACUCUACGAACGAGGAUGCUAUCAGCCAUAUGUACUACUUUAUCCGUAUGAUUCGUUUCUGUAAUAUAGCAUCUCGUGUCACCAGCUUCGAGCUGCCCCGAAGCAAAGCGUCCAUGGAACAAAUGUUGAUCGUCCUUGAGUCUCUGGAGCACGACUUGAUGGAGUGGGAACACGACAUACCAUGGAAUUUCUGCAUGCGCGGCCGAUUCGGACCCCCAGCGACGGAACAGUCCUUGAUGACCGUUCGACAGCGCAAGAUGCUCGGCCUCAGCCGUUUUCACCUCAGUUCAUUGAUGUACAGGCCCUUCGUUGGCUCAGAAUUGACGUCCGUGCGCGAACGGGAAUUCUGUUUUCGCAUGUCUGAGAUGCACGCUCAGGGCAUGGUGGCUCUAUUCAAAGAGCCUCAUCGCAGCGGGCGUCAUAUUUUGGAUGAGUUUCCCUGGUGGCAGAUGACGCCGUAUUUGAUCCACGCCAGCUCUUUAUUCUUUGUCUCGGAGAUAUACCCCCGGUACAUUGGUGUCACCUUUGUUCAGGGGAACAGACCACGACCAGAGGAGGCGCGAGCAAGUGCCGAAGAGUGCUUGAAGCCUGUGGGCGGCCUGCAGGUGGGGCAGGUGGGCUCUGCUGAGGUAAAAUGA